UUGAGUGCCGUUUUGGCAGUGUCUGCGGCAGGUCUCUUGCCUCAGCAACACUACUCAUCAGCGGCAGCUGUCUCCUCACAGAGCAUCGUGCGUCACGACCAACAUCAGGCUAUUCACUCUGCACCUGUCGCCGUACAUGCCGCCCCUCUCGCCUACCACGCUGCUCCAGUUGCCACUUAUGCGGCUCCCGCCCGUUAUUCCGCCGGCCAUGCUGUGUCCUCUCAAACAAUCUUGCGUCAUGAUCAGCCCCAUGCCGCAAUCGGAUUUGCUCCUGUAUCCUACGCGGCAGCACCAGCGCACUACGCCGCGCCUAUCAUCAGCCAUGCUGCUCCCGUGACCAAGCUUGUUGCCACCGCACAACACGAGGAAUACGCUCAUCCUAAAUACGACUUCGCAUACUCCGUGGCCGAUGGACACACUGGCGACAACAAGUCCCAGCACGAGAGCCGCGAUGGUGACGUCGUGCAUGGUGAAUACUCGCUUCUCGAGGCUGAUGGUUCCGUGCGCAGCGUUCAGUACUCCGCUGACGACCACAACGGCUUCAACGCUGUAGUCAGCCACUCCGCUCCCGCACAUCACUCUGCUCCCGCACCGUCUCAUAUUCUCGCUCAUUAUUAA